AUGGAUGGCCAUGGACAUGCAGAAAAGGAUGGUACUAAAGAAAAGCAUAAAUCUAGACUAUUCAAUCCAUUUAAAACAAAGUCCUCAUCAAAAAAUCAUAAUCAACAGGACGCUGUUGUAACAAAUGGUGCAGAUAAUAAUAGUACAGAUGUUGCUUGUGAAAAUAGUGAAAAUAAUAAUAAUAAUAAUAAUAAUAAUAAUAAUAAUAAUAAUAAUAAUAAUAAUAAUAAUAAUAAUAAUAAUAAUAAUAAUAAUGGUGAAUCAAAUCAUGAAAAAGAAAUAGUGGUCCCAACUUUAACAAGACAGGAUUCAAAUAGUAGUAUUAAUUCAACAUAUAGUAAUGCAUCAACUGUAUCUUUCUCAAUAAGUACUACAAGUGCUGCCAAUAAUAAAACAUUUGAAAGUAAUAAUAAUAAUAAUAAUAGUAAUAGUACAAUAAAUAGACCAAGAUCAAAAUCAGAGAAAAAAGAUAAACUUUCAAUAAAUACAUUAAUAUCAAAAGCAUCAAGAAAGUCAAUGAAAAUUACAACACCAAUUGACCCAACACAACACGAGCCAAUAAAUACAGCAGCAACAACAACUACAACAAAUACAGCAACAGUUUCUAAUAAUCCAUUAAAUUCAAGUUCAAAUAGUAUAUCAUCAAAUAUAUCAAUGGAUGAUAGUUUACAUGUAAAUAAUAGCAAUAACAAUAACAAUAGAACUAUACUUGGAACAGGAUCAGUUAAUAGUAAUGUAUUAUCAGCACAAGAGAAAAAGAAGAAUAGAGGUAGUAUUUUCGUUAGAUUAUUAUCAAGAAAGAAUAAAGAUGAUCCAAUUUCAGAAGAGGAUUUUAAAAUUGAUUCACAAUCACUUGGUAAUGGUGGUUCAUUAGGUUCUAAUCAACCAUCAAUUCAAAAUCAACAAAAUCAACAACAAUUCACUUCUUCUCCAAAUUUAUUAUCAACUUCUUAUUCAUUUAGUGAUAAAGAUAGUUUACAACAACAACAACAGCAACAACAACAACAUCAUCACCACCACCAACAUAAUAAUAGUAAUAAUAAUCAUAGUGGUAAUACUCAUCAUGCACAUAAUCAUAGUUUAACAACAUCCGCUGUAAUUAAUACUCAAAGAAAUAGAAAUAAUAAUAAUAAUAAUAAUAAUAAUAACAAUAUUGAUAAUACAAUUACACCAAAUAAUACAAUUAGAAAUAAAGAGAUGGAAAGAGAAGAAACUAUUAAAAAAAUACAAUUAAUGGCGACACAAUUGAAUGAGAAUAUUAGAUUACCAAAAUCACCACGUAGUAAUAGUAGCAGUAAUGGUAGUAAUAUUUUAUUAUCUGGUAAUGUAACACCACCACGUAUUGAUAGACAAACUAGUGAAUCUUUCUUAACUACAAUUUCUACAACUCCAUCUUCAAAUCAUACUCAAAUUAAUCCAUUUGAAAAUAAUAAUAAUAAUACCAAUAAUGAUAAUAAUGAUAAUAAUAAUAAUAAUAAUAAUAUUAAUAAUAAUAAUAAUAAUAAUAGUAAUAAUAGUAAUAAUAAUGAUGAAGAUAAUGAAACAGAUUAUUCAAUAGAUAGCGGAAUAAAUAUUGAAACAACAUCAGGUACAUCAUCAAUAUUAACGAAUAAUCAACAUGUUCAAAACAAUCAUCAAAAUACACUUGUACAAUCACCAUCAUCAAAUUCUUUAUCAAUGUCAUCAUCGUCAGUAUUUACGACACCAAUCACUCAAUCACCUGUAAUAACAUCACAACCAUCAUCACAAAAUAAUAAUAAUAAUAAUAGUAAUAAUAAUAAUAGUAAUAAUAAUAAUAAUAAUAAUAAUAAUAAUAAUAAUAAUAGUUUUUCAACUAAUAACAGGCAUAAAAGAUAUACAGUUGCAAUUCCAAAAUGGGAUCAGUCAAUGAAUUUCAAUGGUAAUCCAUUUGAAAGAUUGGUUCAAGUUUUAAGAAGUUCUGGUACUGGUUUAGGUGUUGAUGAAAAACAACAUCAUCAACAACAACAACAAUUAUUAUUGGAAGAACAACAAAGUAGAGAUUUAAUACAAUUGCAAUUACAUUUACAAAAACUAGAUGGAACAAACAACAAUAAUAAUAAUUCAUCAACUGUAACAACAACAACAACAUCAACCUCAUCAUCAUCUUCAAAUACAACAACAUCAUCAGCACCAAUAACAUCAUUAUCAUCAUCAGUUAGACAUAUACCACAAUCAAUUAUUGAUGGUAUUGAAGAGGAGAAACAAAAGAGAGUGAUUCUAUUAUAUAGUUUAAAAAAAAUGCUUUUAAAAUUAAUUUCAGAAUCUUCUGAUGAUUCAAUUUUAUUUAAAUCAUUUUUUACAACUUAUGAAUGUAUAUUUUCAUCAAGAGAUAUUUUAAAUGAAUUAAUUUCUUUAUUUAAAUCGGAAUCACCUCAAAUUCAAUUAAGAAUUUGUAGUAUUAUUAAAUGUUGGUUAAAAGAUUAUAAUAUAUCACAACUUUGUGAUUAUACAUUUGCAUCGGAGUUUAAAGAUUUUGUAGUGGAUAUAAAGAAUACUCAUAAUUCAUAUUUGUAUGGUAAAAUAUUUGAAUUAAGAAAUCAAUUAAUUUAUUUAUUAGAAACAAAAAUCACUGAAAGAUGUUUAGAUUUAAAUCCAAUUAAUGAAACUGAAAAUGAAAAUGAAAAUAAUAAUAAUAAUAAUAAUGUAAAUAAAAAAGAAAAUAAUGAAAUCGAACUUGAAAAUAUUGAAAAUAAUAAUGAAAAUUGUGAAAAUAAUAAUAAUAAUAAUAAUAAUAAUAGCGGUAAUCAAGAUAAUAAUAAUAAUAAACUUGAAGAUAUAAAAGAUAAAGAAAAAGAAAAUGAUAAUAUAGAAAACGAUAAUGAUAAUGAUAAUGAUAAUAAUAAUAAUAAUAAUGAUGAUGAUGAUGAUGGUAAUGAUAAUAUAAAUGACGAAAAUAAUAUUAAUGAAAAUGAAGAAAUUAAAAAAAUUAGUUUAACAAAUGCAGAAUUAAUUGAAAAGAAAUAUUUAAAUAAGAAAGCAACAUUAAAGAUUAAAACAUUUUUAUCAACAUCAUUGAAAUCAACAGGAUUUGAAUUUGAUUUAAUGCAAAAACAAUAUCAAUCAUCUUCAACACCAUCACCACCAUCUUCACCAACUCAAAAUAGAAGAUUUAGUCCACAACAAACUAAUGAUAGUGUAUUAAGUUUAACAUCAUUAGAGAAUACUUCAAGUAAUACUUAUGAGACUGAAUAUGAUUUACAUUUAACUCAAAACCAACAACAACCAUCAUCAUCAUCACAUAAACCAUCUCGUACUCAUAAUAGAAGUUCAAGUAUUGGUGGUAAUCAUAAUCAACAACAACAACAACCAUCAAGUCAUGCUUCAAUUAUAUCUUCACCUUCAAUUUCAUUUAAUAAUGGUAAUAAUAUUUCAAAUUCAAAUUCAACUUCAUUCUCUUCAGUAAAUAGUAGUGGUGGUAAUAAUAAUAAUAAUAAUAAUAAUAAUAAUAAUAAUAAUAAUAAUAAUAAUAAUAAUAAUACAUUUUGGGUACAAACUAGACCAAGAUCAUCGACAUGGAGUAGUAGUGAUAUAUUUUUAUCAAUUAUGGAUGCACCAGCAAAAGAGAUUGCAAAAUCAUUGACAGCAAUUGAUUUUUCAAUUUUUAUUUGUAUUGAAACUCAAGAGUUAAUGAAUGGAGCAUGGGGUAAACCACAUUUAAAGGAUAAAGCACCAAAUAUUAUAAAGUUAAUCAAUAGAUUCAAUGAGAUCUCUAUGAAUGUAAUUCAAACCAUUUUAAAUGAAGAGAAAUUAAAAGAUCGUUGUAAAGUUAUGGCAAGAUUCAUAAAGAUUGCUAAAAACUUACACGAGCUACAUAACUAUAAUUCAUUGAUGGCCAUCUAUGCUGGUAUAAGUCAUUCCUCAAUAACUCGUUUAAAAUGGACAAAAAAGAUAUUACCAAAAACUCAUCAAAAAACAUUAUCAGAUUUAGAAAAGUUGAUGGAAAGUGAUGAAAAUUUUAAAAACUAUAGAAAUGAAUUAAAAACCAUUACAACUCCAUGUAUACCUUUCUUGGGUUUAAUUCUAUCAGAUAUGACCUUUAUUCAAGAGGGUAAUACUGAUUAUUGUGGUAUCAAUGAAGAUAGUUGGUCUUUGAAUUUAAAUAAAUUGAAAUUAAUGUAUAAUUGUAUUAAACAAAUUCAAAAUUUUCAAAAAACUGCUUAUCUUUUAAAUGCCGAUCCAAGAUUAACUUUAAUUUUAACUCCAAAUUCAAAUAUUUUUGGUGAACCAAUUCAACAACCACCACAACCACAACCACAACCACAACAACAACAACCACGUCAUCACCAUAAUACUACUACAAGUACAACUGUAACUUCCUCUAAUACAAGUAUUACUACCAAUUCCGUUAAUACUAGUUCUUCAACAACUACAACUAAUACUAGAACCCCUGUACCACAAGUAUCAAUUAAUAAAAAUAAUAAUAAUAAUAAUAAUAAUAAUAAUAAUAAUAAUAAAGAUAUUAGUCCAUCAAUGUAUGGAUUAUUAUCACCAAGAUCACAAAUUGAAGCAGUUAUUUUACCAUCACUUUCAUCUUCAACAGAUAAUGAAAUCAAAGAACCUUUAACUGAUCAACCAAAAUCUGAUGAUUCAAUAAAAACAACAACACCAACAACAACAACAUCAACAACAACAACAACAACAUCAACAACAACAUCAACAACAAAUAAUUCAAAUACAAGAGAUUUAAAGAAUAUAUUUUCAAUUCCAGAAUUUGAAUCAACAAAGAAAAUACCAUUAGAGAAAAAGAGUUCGCAACAUGACCUUUUGUAUAGAAGUUUCACUUUAGAGGAUCAAGAGAAACCAAUUAGAAAAUAUUCAUUCAAUACUUGGUCUUCACCUAAAAAAGUUAAUUUCGAUUAUUUUAAUAUUGGUGGUCUUUCUUCAUCAGUAUCAACAACAAAAACAACUUUAAUUAAUAACAAUAGUAAUAAUAAUAAUAACAGUGGUGUUGGUAAUAAUGAAAAUGGUAAUAGUAGUGGUGAUAGUAGUAAUACAGUUAGUCCAAUUAAAAUGGAAAGAAGUCAAAGUGAAAAAUAUUUACCAUUAAAAACUAAACAAUUAAUUACUCCAAUCUCUUUAAAUUUAUUAACAAACUAUGGUAUAGGUUGUAAUAUUGAUCAAAAUCAAAAUAAUAGCAAUAGUAAUAAUAGUAACAAUAAUAUGGGUACUUUUGAAAAGAUUUUAGAAUCAAAUUUAUCAUCAAAUUUAUUAAGUUCACCAAGAAAAGAAACAUCAUCAUCUUCCUCUUCAUCACCAAUAAAACAAGCAUCCGUUGAAACUACUGAAAAUGGUAUGACUGAUUCAUCUGAUCUUGGUUGUGCUGGUUCUCCAACUUUACCAAGAGUUAAUAAUAAUAAUAAUUGUAAUAGUAGAAAUAGUAGUAGUGGUAGUGGUAAUUGUAGCUCACCAAUCGUAUCAUCAGUUAAUGAUAAUAAUAAUUAUAAUAAUAAUAAUUCACUACCAACCAUAAUUACAACAUCGGCUGUUACAACAAGUGAAAUUAAUUCAAGUGAAGAAGAUAUUAAAAAGAGUAAUGGUAGUGAUAGUUUUAGUUUAUCAAGUGAAUUAGAUAAUACUAAUAAUAAUAAUAAUAAUAAUAAUAAUAAUAAUAAUAAUAAUGGUAAUGGUAGUGGUAGUUUUGUAACAUCAUCAUCCAAUACUUCUUCUAUAAUUUCUGAAGAAUUAUUAUUUUUAGUUAAAGGCCAACAAUUUACAAAGAAUAGAAGAAAGAGUGUAUCAACAUCAAAUAUUCAUAGUAUUAAUCCAUUAUCACCAACUUCAGGCUCACUUUUGAAAUCUAAUGGUUUAAAUACACCAAGAUCUGCUAAUAAUUCACCACAAAAUGGUAAUAGUGGUAGUACUUCACCAAGUACAAUCAAUAAUAUCUCUAGUCAAAGUAAUCAAAUCAUUAAUCAACAACCAUCAUCAUCAUCAUCGUCACAAUCGUCAUCUUCUUUGAUUUAUCAUCAACCUUCUUCUUCUCUCUUUAAAAGAAAAUCGUUUGAUCCAUCCCAUCAAGCUCAUAUCAUACCAAGACCUGCCCAUUCUUUUGUUCCAAUGAGUGAUGAAGGUUUAUUCUCUUUAUCAUUAAAACUUGAACCAAGAGGAGUUAAACUAUCUGAUUUAACUUAA